AGUUUUAAGCGAAGAGUGGUAGCGGGUAGGAGCGAAAUGCUCUUUCGUCUGUGCCCCAUGCAAAUCAUGUUCGUAAUAAUAUAAUGAGAAGCCUUUCGGAGAUUUUCUCGCCUUUCCGACCUCACCACUAAUAUGGGUUACUUUGAAGGAUAUUUUGGAUCUUAAGUAGCUAUCGCGUAAACAAGUGUUGAAUAAUAUCAAAUAAUUUCAGAAGGCUCGUUGGCCACCUGAGUUCCGUGUUGUUGAGUGGAAGCAGUUAAACUUCGGAUAGCUAUCAGGAUAUAUUGAUUUGCAGAGACCUCGUAACAGAUUGAUGCCACGAUCGGAUUAUGCCAAAGGAAUUAUUUAUGGAAAUGAUACAUACCUGAUCAUUACGAAUAAUCUUGUGUCUUCGGAAGUUCAAUAGCAUAGUGAAUCAGUCUCCUUUAUCUUGGAAAUAAUUGUCUGGAAUAUACCCGCACUGUAUGUGCUGAUUUGACCGGGAACCGUUCGCCAUUGCCAUAAGUGAGCGCGUUAUUGAUUUCUUCUGAGUUCGCUUCAUUACAGAUGCUCUUUCUCAUCAGAGGAGGACCCCUCGAAUGGACUCAUUCUGGGCACGUGCCUACACACUGCCACCACCUUUAUAGAUCCAUAAAACCAUCUCGGUAUAUAACCAUUCCGAUCGAUACCAACUAAUUAUAUCGCGCGUGAGAAACGUGUGUUCGCAGCUGCCUACAGGCCACCCCAGCAAGUCAAAAUUUGCUUGGGAUGUCGUUUGGAGUCGCACCAUCGGAGUAAAUACUGAGAUGAUGAUCGUAUCUUAAAUAUCAUAUCGCUAUUGAGACACGCUAGUUGUGAUCGAUUGAUUUUUUUUAUUAAUGGAAUGUGAGUCUUCAAGGUCUUCUGGUUCCUGAUCUUCAAGAUUGUUCGCGUUUAUUUAAAUCAUUUUUGUGGAUGAUUCAAGGUGUUGUUAUUUCAUCACUUCAGCUUUUUCUUGCGCACCUGUAAUGUUAAUAUGACACUUGAUGAAUUUCUUUUACUGCGUACCGUGGAGGUUUCUUCGCAACGUGUAUGAUACCGUGCGAAUCUGUAUGCUAGAUGUGGCUCAAGUUGACCUGAGAACCCAAAGCCUCGCAGAGAAAUCUGAAACAGACAUGGAGGUCAAAAAGUCCGAAGACGACUUGGAGGUCAUGAAACCAAAACAGAUUGAAGUAUGGCUUGAUGAACAUCGUGAUUGGUUCGAAGACUACUUCUUGAAGGGCACAAACAGAGACUUGGUUGAGAGGUGGCUGGACUUACACAAAAACGAAGAUACAUCUUCGCCACCUAGCUCGUCUAGUCCGACGAAUACACCAAGUCCAAACUCUCCAGGCCCGAUUACCAAUCAACCAAUACAACCAAUACAUCCACUCUCUCCUCACACUAAGAGAAGAGUGACAUUGUCCGAACCAGAAGAUAAAUCCGAGAGCAAUUCAUCGGAUGAAGGGAUUGCGAACAUUCCUGUGAGACCCCGAUCAGGGUCAAGGCAAUACCUAAGACAGGACUUUGCAAAAGCGCGCUCUAAGACUGUAUUUAGCACGUGGGCUGCUGGAACUGGUGCGCGUGAAAGUUCUAUGCAAUUAGAUUCGGAGCCGUUGUCGCCGAAAGAGAGAGCCAUGGGUGAAGGCCCUGGCAAAGGCUUCACAGGCCGGAGGAGGUUACGCCGAGCUUCGACGGUGCCACCACCUCAAAACUUUGCAAGUACUCUGAGUUCUUUGCUGGAACCUCGGGUACGGUUACCGCAUCGUACUAGCAUAACACACGAGGCCAAGCUUCAGCUACGAUCAGCAAACGAACGCGAGUUUUUCCUGGCCCUCGUCAAAGACAUCUCGCAUGAUCUAGACUUGAACAGCCUCCGUGGUAAGAUUCUCUCUAACGUGACUAUUCUCGUGGACGCCGAACGCGUGGAACUGUUCUUGUUAGAAGGACCUAAAGGGAAAGAAGUACUAGUAUCAAAGAAACGUGAUCUCUCGCCGGGAGCUCCUACACAUCGUCCUACAGAUUGGCUACUUGGAUUUGGAAAGACAGAUCAAGAAGGAUCUAUUACUGUCAAGGUUGGCGAGAGCUUGGUUGGAAAGGUUGCAGAGACCGGCCGCGCGGUCAAGAUAUCGAGUCCUGUUGAGGUAAGUUUCAUGAAGGGUUUUCUCAGCAAAAAUGAAGACCGGACAUUCCUUUAA